AUGUUAAGAGAACAUUUGAUUAAAUUAGGCGAAGUCAAGUCCAAGUCCCACAAGGACAAACUAACAGCCAAAAUAGCAGAAUAUAUUUCCAUGGGGGAAGACGCCAAGAGAAGACUUAAUUCCCAACGCCCAACAAAGCCUGAUGUGCCCACCAAAGAUGAUUCCCCACCUAAAAAGAAAGAGAAACCCCAUUUUGAGAAGCCUGUUGCCUCUGAUUGGGUAGCAAUGGACAGUCCGAACGUUCAUUGGUCUGAUAUAGCAGGAUUGGAGGCAGCCAAAGACUCUCUGAAGGAAGCAGUGGUGUUGCCAAUAUGUUUUCCACACAUGUUCACAGUGGGUGGGGGAGUCGGAAAAGUAGAAUCGUGUCCAUUAUAUAGAAAUGUGAGGAAUUUAUUCGAAACAGCCCGUUCUGGAAGGUCGGCGGUCAUUUUUAUAGACGAAAUUGACUCUCUUUGCUCAGCCCGCGGGGAUGGCGAGUCUGAGUCAGUCCGUCGGAUUAAAACCGAAUUGUUGGUGCAGAUGGACGGGGUGGGGAAGGAGUCGGUCCUCGUCUUGGGAGCCACCAACCUCCCCUGGCAAUUAGAUCCGGCUAUUCGUCGUCGAUUAGAGCGGAGGAUUUACAUUCCCUUGCCUUGCCUCUCUGCCCGUCUGAGGAUGCUUAGACUUAAUUUGGAUAAGAAUAGGCAUUCUCUCUCAGAUCAGGACUUUGCUUGUUUGGCCAAUCAGACUGACGGGUUUUCGGGGGCUGAUAUUUCUGUGCUUGUCCGCUCGGCUCUCAUGCGGCCUGUCCAACUCGUCCAGACUUGUCCCCAUUUUGUCCGGGUACAUUCCACCCACAUUCUCAGCUUGAGGACCACUCUGGAUACUAGGACUCCCUCUCCUUCUUCUGCUCCAGGGGCGAGACAGAUCACGUGGGUGGAGUUGAAGGAUCAGAGAGUUGUUGAGCCUCCUGUCUCUAUGGCUGACUUUGAGGAGGCUCUCCGUACUACCAAGCCUACAGUCGACACUCAAUAUUUGGCCAAGUAUGAUCAGUUCACUGCCCAGUUUGGACAAUAUGGAAUAUAA